UUUUUGCAGGGUACUGAGAACUCCUCCCGGCCCAAGGCAAAAUAUAUGACUGACGAGACCUUAAAAGGAUGUGGGUGUUUCUUCGACUGUUCUUAACGCUGAUUGUGCUGUGCACUUGCUCCUGCCUCUAUUUCUUGCUCUGCCCUCGCUUCUGUGUGCCACUGUGUUGGCUGAGCUGCCAGCGUUCCGAAGAGCAAGACAGACGUUUGCCAUCGGUGUCUGGAGCCAUCCGGUUUGAGGGCUACAUCAGCGUUCCUGAUGGCAAGCCAUUGGUCCGAACCCCUUGUCGUCAGUGUGCUGUGGUAUCCAGCUCUGGGCAGAUGUUGGGUUCACAUUCGGGGAAGGAAAUUGACGACAAAGAAUGUGUCCUGCGUAUGAACCAGGCUCCCACACAAGGCUAUGAGGAUGACGUAGGUGCCCGGAGCACCAUUCGGAUGGUUUCCCAUACCAGUGUUCCCUUACUGCUGAGGAACCAGUCUUACUUCUUCAGACAGGCCCGGGACACCAUCUACAUCAUUUGGGGCCCCACAAAGCUGAUGAACCGGGAGAAGGUGGGCAUGGUUUAUAGGACACUCCUGAAGGUGAAGGAGAUGUAUCCCAGCUUGCACCUCUACACGCUGACUGAGAGGAUGAUGACCCACUGCGAUGAUCUCUUCCAGGUCGAGACAGGGAAAGACAGGAUGAAGUCUGGCUCCUAUUUGAGCACCGGCUGGUUCACCAUGGUCUUAGCGAUGGAGAUGUGUGAGCAGAUCUUUGUCUUCGGCAUGGUCAACGAAACCUACUGCAGAGACAAGAGCCAGCCUCCUGUGCCUUACCACUACUUUGAGAAGGGCAAGCUGGAUGAAUGCAGGAUGUACCUGGCCCAUGAAAGAGCUCCACGCGGGGGGCACCGCUUCAUCACAGAGAAAGCCGUCUUCUCUCGCUGGGCCAAGAAGAGGAACAUUAUCUUCUCUCACCCUUCGUGGCUAGGUGGCUAAAGGGGCUUCUGGCCAUUGGACUCUGUUGCGACUUGAAACACUGUGCCUGGUUGGCGGGUGGGUGCCUUUGCGGCCAUUUCCUGGGGAGCCACGUCAGUUGAGUUGCCGACGCUGAAGUGCCCUCAGGAGGGAGAGUGUGAAGAGGAAGGAACCUUCGGGGACCAAGCGGCCAUCUUGAGAAGGCUGCUCCCUGGAUCACCCUGUUGACUGUUGUACUAGUAUUGAAUCAGGAUUAAUAUUGUAAUUCUGGGUUUUAUGGAGACCUGUGCUGGCACAUAGUGGGCCUCUGUGUCUGUGUUUUUAUUUUUGGGGGGCGUUUUUCCUAUGGAUUUGACCUCCCUGAAAGUGAGUCGAGAGCUGAUGCCUGUUCCCCUUGCAAUUCUGCUCUGGAAAAGACUUUUUAAAAAAAGGUAUAAAGCCUUGUCUGCACAGAUUAUUGCAGAAUGAAUUGGUAGAGUCUGGAGGUGGAAAAGUGGACUGUACCACUUCAGAUACGUUCUGAAUAAAACUUUGUUGGUCUUAAAGGUGCACUUGACCUACUUUGUACCACUUCAGGCCGCACUUUCUGCUUGAUGUGCUGCUUUUCUAUAUAAGGAAUCUCUCCUCCCCUGCGAUGAGUGAACAUUCAGAAGUGAUGUCCUUCCCCUAUAGUGUGAAGUGGUAUAGCCCUCCAUUUCAACUUACUGCCACCUCCAGACUUUACCACCACGUGAGACUUUUUGACAUGAAGUUAUUGUGUGGUUUGGGUGCUGAAUGCCUGUGUUUUUCCGUUAUGCUGCUUGCAUUUCCGUUUGAUGUCUUUUCUUGUCGCUUUCUUAAAUCUGAUCAAAAGUGGCUUCAGAAAUUGUGGAGAACUGAGGAGAAAAACACUGAAAGAUAACCAAUGGCAAACGAGGAAGCAUGGGGGGGGGAACCAGCUGCAUUUCUGCCCCCAAACUGUGGGGAAACCUCCCUUUACAAAGGCCCACACAUCGAUUUCACGCUCACCCUUAUGCCGCUCUCACGUCCGUCUUCUCAGCAUGGCGUCCUCCCAAUUUCCCACUAUUUGCGCUGGGGUUGCAGCAAACAUUGUGGGUUUUGCGCAGCAAAUGGAAACCGCUAAAAACCAGUUUCCUUUUGCUGCGCGAAAACUGCAACGUUUGCUGUAGCCCCGGCGCAAAUAGUGGGAAAUUGGGAGGACACCGUGCUGAGAAGACGGACGUGAGAGUGGCAUAAGGUGAGUGCGAAAUCGGCCACAGAGUUUUCCUCCUGCCUUAAUUUUCUUUUGGGGGUGAGGGAACAUCCAUUCCAUAGAAUGUUGUCCUCUAAUUGUCUGCUUCCCAGGUUCCCCCAUCCCUCGUAUGUUGUAUCUCAGGAGACUGCAACAUUGUGCCCCGUGGGUGCCAUGAUGCCACCAACGCCGCCCACAGUGUUAUUUCAGAAAGUGACUGGAGCCAUGUGGCUUCUGAUUGGCCUCUGGAGAUCUGAUUGGUUGUGCAAAAUAAAAUAAUGUUUCAGCUGCGGA